UGCAGAGUCAUAAUAUUUGGUCAGACAGGCAGGUUGGAGGAACUAACAGUCUGGUGCAGAAAUAUGGCUGUACGUGCCUUUGAGGGUAAAGAUCAUGCAGCUGCUUACUGGCAGUUCAGAGUAACACCGCAAGAACUGAUCAGCAAGAUUAUGAGCUCUAUGGAUAAAAAGACACCAAAACAGUUCAGCCUUGCCUUGGAUGUGGGCUGCGGUUCAGGGCAAGGGACAAAGCUUUUGGCUCCGUACUUCACCAAGGUGGUUGGAACAGAUAUCAGCCCAGCCCAGCUAGAGAUGGCAUCAGCCAAUAGCAACCCUCCAAAUGUUUCAUACAGACAGUGUCCAGCAGAAGAACUACCGUUUGCAUCUGGAGAGGUGGACCUUGUGACGGCCAUGACAGCAGCCCACUGGUUCGAUCGCCCGCGGUUCCUCCAGGAGGCUGAUAGGGUGCUGAGGCCUGGAGGCUGCAUGGCCCUCCUGAGCUACACCUUGGAUAUGGAACUGGAGUACAGGGAUAUCUCCAAAGCUCUCACUGAUGUCUGUAAAGAGUUCUACAAUGCCCUGCUUCCGUUCCGAGAUCCCUAUCUGGGACCAAGCUCUCAGAAGCUCUAUGCUGAUAUGUUUGAGUCCUGCUCUUAUCCAGACAAGGAGUGGACUGACCGUCUGCAGGUAAGAAGGACCCUGCCAUUGAAUGGAUAUGUUUGCAUGGUGGAGACCUUCUCCAGCUACCAGAAAAUGAAGCAAAAGGACCCUGCUGGAGCUGAACGUCUCUCUAAUGACAUCAGCAACAAGUUGAUGUCUAUCAUGAAGGUAUCUUCUCCUGACACAGAAGUUACGAUGGUUGUCAACUAUUUCUACUUUCUGGCAUUCAAACCUUCAUAGUUCUUUUGUUUUUUGCCACCUUAAAGCAGCCAAUGUCCCGUUAUGGCCCUUUGUAGAAUUCACUCUCACAAAAAACGAUAAAAAUAAAUAAAUGAAAUUCCUAGAGGAUGUACUUUCUUAGAAAAUCAAAAGCAAAUUAAUUUGGUGCAUUUAAAAACAGUACAAGUUCAACCAAAGUGCUAUACAAUUAAAGUAGCAAACCCAGUAAAACACAAUGACACGUAAAACAACAAAUGUUAAUAAAAGAAGGCAAUAAAAUGGGAAUACAAAGGUACAACACAAUAUAUAUUUACAUGUUUGUUUUGUAACAUUCCAUGCCACAAAAUACAUGGUUGAGAAAACAUGAUUAGUUAUUUUCUGCAUCAUCAACGUUUUUUGUUAAUGUGUCCUCAAAAAUGAGACUUUUCAUUAUUGCUUCUUACUACUUGUCCAAAAUUGCAGUUUCACAAUCAAUGCAAUGCUGAUAAAUAGCAGUGAAAAUUGUAAGCUUUUAUCUUUAAUAGUUCCUGGGAUACUGUUGUUUAAGCAUUGCCUCAAAUUUCAGUGUGUGUGAAAAAGUGUGCUGAAAGUCGACAGACAAUAUGUGACAUAUCAAGUUAACAUGUUAAUAAUAUCGUCAUAAAGAUCCAUUUUUUAUAUAUAUUUUUUAUGUAAAAUUUUAAAGCCAGUCAGAGAAGGUCAAGCAGAAAUUGUGAUGGAAUUUUGAUGAUUUGCCAUCGAAUGACCCAAGUGUUUCUUUCAUAUGAAUGUAAAGUGUUUCAGACAUUAAGGGUAGCCACCUAAAUGCUUAAUCACCUUUUUGUGUCUUGAGCUCAGAAUGACAGUAGUUGAAUAGUGGUAGUAAAGGCAACUAAGUAACUUUUCAAAGGAUUUGCAAGAAAUAUUGGAAUUUCACUUUUGCUAAGAGUCUCUAACUGAUGAAUGGAAGUUUUGACAACUGUGACAAUCACUCCAAUAUUUAAAAAAAAAAAAAUUUUUUUAAAAAUAGCAGUUGCGAACAAGGGUGCCACCAGUCACCCAAAGGUCCAGUACACAGAAUGCUCUCAGUCCUAAUUUUAUUUCUUUAGUUUUUGUUUUCUGGUUUUGACAAGCUCGGUCAAAAAGAACUUCAAGACCUCUUAUGUAAAUGUGAAACAAAGAUGGAAUGAAGUCAAAUUAAUUAAGUUUAUGAACAGAAUGAACACUAGAUGAAGCUCUGUCAUAAACUGAUGGAUGAGAGCCCAGCUGAAUUCUACUGUCAGACUCAUGCACAACUAAACAUCUUAAUCUUCAUUUAAUUGAACGUACCAGGUCUAACAAUUUAUAAAUGUCAGUGUCCAACUGCAAUUAAAGCAAGCCACUAGUCUCUCACGGAUAUUGUUGUUGUUGAUUUCAUCAGGGAUAUUUGAUUUAUUUGAACAGACUUUCAACUGCUUUUUAAUUUCUUGCUAUUCAUAUCCAAAACUUUGGUAUUUUGUGUAAAAUAAUAGGAUUCAAUCAUAAUUUUAAAUAAAAUACCAUGUUCAUCUUUG